CGUCAAAACUUGCCAACGAUGCGCAUGCGCGAAGUCAAAACGCAUUUGUGAACAGUGGCAGUGCUGAUAUAUGACGCAUUUGGAUUGACUGCAUGAAUAGAGCACUGUAGUGAUUGAUGCGGCAGAGCCUUGUUUGAUCUAAUGUCCAAAAUUUACGUUUCUUUUUAAACUUCAUGGGGCGGAAUAGGUAGUGAUGGAAUCAUGACUCAUGUCGGUUCAGUCGGUUCUUUCGAACAAUUUGCAUCAAAGAACCGGUUCAAAAACGAUUUAUUUACAAUAUGACGCAAUUGCGUCAUCAUGUCCCUAACAUUCGUAAAAAAAAAAUAAAAAAAAUAAAUAACGCAAUAAAUGUUCUAUAGGCACUGUUUUGCUGAUGUUACUUUAUUUGUCAAUUUGUUGAAGCCAUUUAGCUCAUAAAGCAAGUCGUUUUGAACCUAAACAUACUUAAUACUACAUUAUUUUUAUUAUCUCUUUGAUAAAUAAAAUUAUAUAUAUAACCAAUUGUGUAAACAAGUCGUAAACAAGUUUUAUUUAUUUCGUUCAGACCGUUUUUGUGAAACGGUUUAACUGAUUCAUUGAGAAGAUUCGACUCUAUAGAACGAUUCGUUCACGAAUCGGAAGGCGCUAGCGGAAACAGCUGGGAGUAUGUGUGCUUCUGGUGUCUCACGCCUUCAAAAGUAACAUUGUGCAUGAAAAACAAGGAUGUCCUGCUCUGCUCUCGGUCGACGGCUGGUUGCAUGUCUCCUGAACAUCUCAGAAGCUCGGAGAAGAGAGCUGGUGGAGACAGUGGCAAGAUCAGCCAUUACUGACACACAUGGAAAAAAGCGUGAAGGCAUCACGGUGCUGAACAUCUUCAAUGAUGUAGACUACAAUCGCUCUGUCAUCACUAUUGUUGCAAGCAUUGACCUAAUAAGGGAGGCUGUAUUGUCGGCUUGUGAGCGCGCAUGUUCUCUGAUUGACAUGAAUGCCCAUGAGGGCACCCACCCAUGCAUGGGUGCAGUGGAUCUGGUGCCUAUCUAUCCACUGGGGGAGGAGGUAGGCCUUGAGGAUUGUGGAAAAGAGGCCCGGGCAUUAGCAACAGCUCUGACAGAACAAGUGGCAGGUACCAGUGCUUUUUUGUUUGGCUGGGCAGAUUCUCCUCAGCGUCGAGGUCUGGCUCAAAGGAGGAAGGAGAUUGGCUGGUUCAAAAAGGUCAAAGAUAUGUCAAGCAUCCAGCCAGAUGUGGGUCCACAGCCCACAAGGAGAUACGGCAUUACAGGUGUUGGCGCCAGCCCCUAUGUCAUGAACUGUAACGUGACCAUCGAUACCCAGGAUCUGGCCCUAGGCCGGAUUGUUGCUUUAGCAAUCCGUGAAUCCAGUCCUGGCGGUAUCCCUGGAGUUCAGGUCAUGGCUCUGCCACAUGAAGGUGCUGUGGAGAUUGCUUGCAAUGUGGAGAGUGUUCAAGGUGGUCCUCCGUCGUCUUUAUCUUAUGGUGAGGAGCAAUGGCCAAGCUUUGCUAUUGGAGGGCAAAACUUCUGCCAUGCUCCAGCCUCGCUAAUCACAGCACGAGUAGCAGAGCUGGCUAGACACCAUGGAGUGGCCAUCAAGGGUACGGCCCUGGUGGGCUUUACCCCACAUGAGUGCCGGAGACUGGCAGAGGGAGCGCUCUCAAAUGGCAUCGGAGAGUUCUGGAAAGAGCUGCAUCGUUUACACAUGUGAACAAGCCAACAACUUUCAACACUGUGCUAAAUUGCAAACUAAUCAAUUGUUAAUUAUAGGGAAUUUGUUGAGCCACCAACAAUAGAUAAUCAGCCCUUAUUAAUUAUUUAUUUAUUUAUUUUUUUUUUUUUUGGGUAGUUCACCCAAAAAUGAACAUUCUGUUAUCAUUCACUCGUGUCAUUCUAAACCUAAUAGUAUUCAUUUGGUUACAGUGUGAUUUGUCAAAGUCUGAUAAGGGGUAUUUAAAUUUAACAAAUCAUGUAAAAUUAAACAUUUUAUCAAACUGUUAAUUAUGUUUUUAUAAAUGUUACAUGGGUAAUAUUCAAUUAUGAUUGCGAUAAAUAUUUUUGUUGCUUUUGGAGCAGUUCUGUGUAAAAGGUAAUUUCAUGAUUGUAAAGGUUUUAAUGUCAUAAUUCAGGUUUGUACUAUGUCCUUACUUGUUAAUCACAAAUGUGAUGACAUAAUGUUCUGCUAAUAGGUGUAUAAUAAUUAAACAAAGGCUAAUUAGGUCAGUGCAGUUUGACCACCCCUUGAUGAUGUCAUUCAGAGUCAGAUCUGGAACAUUUAGUAGAUUUAGUGUUCAAAGAAUUAACCUAAUAUGGCUUAAACAUACUAGAUUACACGUAUUGUUACAAAAAUGCAUUGAAUGAGUAUCAGGGUGAGCAAGUACAGACAGCAACAAGAUUUAUAAUUUCACAAGUUCCUGACUGAGAUUGACUUCAGUGAUGUUUUUAAGAGGAACAAGAAUUUUGAUGAACAUGUUUUGAAAUCAUUCACACAAGUUUGUGCUUGACUGGGCUGAUGAUAAAACCUAAGCACAUGAUGGAAGAUGAAUACAUCUUCAAACAGAGCCAGUCCAGUUAAAUAUAAUGUAGUGCUGCUUCAAAGAGUGUUUGUUUGUUCUUUUUAAAGUUCACUUGUGUUGCAUCAGUGUCAAAAUUUAAAUACUGUGAAAAUAUGUCUUGGCUACAACAUUAACCACUAAUCAUAAGUUCAGGUAAUCCACAUUUUGCACAGAUAUUCUAAUGAUAAUAAUAAUAAGAAGAAGAAUGGGACACUCCAAGCAACUGCAAAACUACAGCCACAGCUUUGACUUUCUGAAGUGUUCUGAACAGAAUGUGGACUGCUGUAACCAAACUAUUCCAUUUUAGGAUUCACAAUUUACAUGAGAUGCUAUAGCCUCAUAUUAGGACACAACACUACCAAAUAUAUAUCUAUAUAUAGCUUGUAAUCAGAUAUAAAUGUUAUAAUGCAUGAUGUCAGUCAGCUUUAAGGAUAAUGAUAUUUGCACGAUCAAUAUGCUUGGGUCAAUUUCACAAGCGUUCAUGAAAUAAACUCACCCACCGACCACUACAUAAACAGUGGCGUUCAUUUUA